AUGGCCACAUUCCCAACUAUUGACAAAUGCAAAUCAAAUGAUCGGAAAAGCGCGACGGUUGUGGUAGCUGACAUGGUUGGAUGCUUGCUCAGAGAUGAUAGCUCUUUCCCUUACUUUGCCCUCAUCGCAUUUGAUGUUGGUGGGAUCGUAAGGCUCCUCUUGCUACUCUUAGUUUGGCCAUUAUCUAGACUCCUCUAUUACUUUGUAUCAGAAUCCGCAGCAACAAGAGUCCUUAUCUUUGCAACAUUUGCUGGUGUGAAUGUGUCUAAGAUCGAGUCAGCGGCAACAGCCGUGCUGCCCAAGUUUUACUCGAGUGAUCUACACCCCGAUACUUGGCGUGUGAUUUCUGCAUGUGAAAGGCGGUGUAUUGUCACUGCAAGUAUUCCGAGGAUCAUGGUGGAGCCAUUUCUCAAGAGUUACCUUGGAUUUGAUAUGGUUUUGGGGACUGAGAUAGCAACUUAUAAUGGGAUAGCCACUGGCUUUGUUUGCCCACCUGGAGUACUCAUAGGACAGCAUAAAGCAGAUGCUCUUCAUAAGGCUCUCGGAGCGAAAGCCCAGACAGAUAUUGGAAUUGGCAAUAAGCACACUGAUAUUGCUUUGAUUGGCAUGUGCAAGGAGGGUUAUACAGUGCCAGCCAAACCCACACUAGAAGCUGUGAGAAGGGAGGAGCUCCCAAAGCCCAUCAUCUUCCAUGACGGUCGCCUAGUCCAAAAGCCAACACCUCUCUUAGCGUUCCUCAUCAUUCUUUGGUUCCCCAUAGGUUUCUUCAUUGCUUGCUUGCGAAUUGCUAUUAUGUCGCUCCUUCCUCAGAGCCUCGCCUACUACACCAGUUGGGCACUUGGUAUUCGUGUCACUGUGAAUGGCACCCCACCUACAUUGGCUAAACACUCUAUUGGUUGUAAAAACUCUGGUCAGAUAUUUAUCUCAAACCAUAGAACCGUUCUUGAUGCAUUUUUCAUCUAUCUUGCCCUAGGCUACCCAAUAACCGGUCCCACGUACUCAACCACUCGACUCUUGGAGUUCCUUUCACCAUUCAAGGUUGUCCGAAUAAGUCGUAACCGAGAACAGGAUGCGGCCACAAUCAAGAAGCUUCUACAAGAAGGUAAUAACAUAUAUCUUUGCCCGGAGGGAACCACUUGUAGGGAACCAUAUGUUUUAAGGUUUUCGGCAUUGUUUGCUGAAUUAAGUGACCAACUUGUCCCUGUGGCUAUCGUUAGCCACCAGAGCGUGUUUCAUGGAACCACAGUUCGAGGGUGGAAAGCAAUGGACCCGUUUUUCUUCUCGAUGAACCCGUUUCCAUCAUAUGAAGUCACAUUCUUGAAUAAGUUGGCUCCAGAACAAACAUGCAAUGCUACUUCUGGAAAGACUAGCUUUGAGGUAGCAAAUUACGUACAAAGGAUUAUAGCUGCAACUCUUUCUUACGAGUGCACUAGGCUUACAAGGAAGGACAAGUAUAGGGUUCUUGCGGGGAAUGAUGGGAAUGUGGUUAGAACAGCUUAAUUUUUA